AUGUCACAAGAAAACGAGGAUUCCCGCUCUGUGGCUGAAAGCCUGCCAGACGAAGCAAUCAGUGCCCCUACGAAACAGUCAUAUCGUUCUUUCAAAAAGAAGUAUGCCAAACUUAAAGUCAAAUUCGAGCUUGGGAUGAAGGAGAGCGAAUCUCUGAUCCGCGAAGAAUUGCGCAUCGAGGAUCUCUCGAAGAGAAUCCAGGAGCAGAAUGACCAACUUCUAGAGGUUCUCCUUGAAUUUAACGAAAGUUUGCACAUCCCAGCGAAUCAGCGAUAUGAUCUCAGUGCACCGGGAGACUCCUCCUUCCUGCCCACGCCUGAACGAUCGCCGAUGUCCAUUGACUCUGCCAAGGCAAGAUCCAUUUUGAAAGAUGCCGAAGCACAGAUGGCUGCUGGCAGCAUGACACUCGAAGCAUAUCGCACUCUGGAAGACGAUAUCAAACGAGGCAACGCAUUUGCACCACAUAUGCAUUACACUACCCUCAAGAAGGUACCUCAUACGGGAGUGCCGCCCGUGAGACACGAUUCUUCUACGGAUAUCAGCCUGGAGGAGAAGCUGGGAUAUCUUACUCCCGAACACGAGACCGAGUACUACUUGAGUAUGGAUGCAAAGCUCGGCGACGAAGCGGCCGCCCUCGAGCUUAGUCGCAUUCCCGAAAAGCCAUCAUUUUCUGAGCGAGAAAGGGAAUUAGCGCUACGAAACCCUGUCUCCGUUUACAACUGGCUCCGGCGCAAUCAACCACAUAUUUUCCUACAGGACAAUGAGAACGCCUCCGAGAAGUCAGGCUCUCGACCGACUAAUGUGCGAGCGUCCAAAAGGGCAACCCAGCCACGCAAAGAGGAGGAGGCUUACGACGAAGACGGCAUCCUGAUGGAUACCGGUCCCACUCCGGGUAGCACCAAAGGCAAGCGCAAGCGCGAUGACGAUACGGGCUACAGGCCCAAGGGUGGUAGCAGCCGUCCCAGCAAGAAAAAGAAGGACGACACGAACUCGAAUGCCAAACGCACAUCGAAAAGAGGCCAUGGUACCUACUCGAAUCCGCUUUCAACUUCAAUCAUCGCCACCGUUGCUGGUACCGUACAGAAAACCAACAAACUGCUCUCCGUUCAGCCGCUGCGGGCCCGGUAUAUCCCAGAAAUCGGUGAUCUGGUUGUUGGACGCAUUGUGGAGGUUCAGUCACGACGAUGGAAGGUCGAUAUCGCCGCCCCUCUACUCGCACAAUUACCCCUCUCUGCCAUCAAUCUUCCAGGCGGUAUCCUACGUCGGCGGACAAGCGCGGAUGAACUGCAGAUUCGAGCCUUCUUCAGUGAAGGAGACUUGGUGGUUGCAGAAGUUCAGAGCGUGCAUUCAGACGGCUCAGCAUCACUACACACGCGAUCAUUGAAAUACGGCAAGCUUAGAAAUGGCGUGUUCCUCGCUGUUGCGGGAACCGGUGGAAGCGGAGCUUCGAGUUCGACAGUGAAGGGAGGUCAUGGUGCGGGGGCUGCCUCUGCAGGGGCGAUGGGCACCUCAGGCACUGGCGGUGUGGUCCGCGCCCGGAGACAACAGUGGACGGUCAACACAGCGAACGGAGGCGGCGAGGUGAACAUUAUACUCGGGGUGAAUGGUUACAUCUGGAUCGCGAAGCACGCCGACGGCGCGGCGGCAGCAUCCUCUACGACGGAGAAUAUAUCCAUUACCCGCAUGGAGGAAAUGGUGUCGAGCUCUAUCUAUUCCAGCCAGAACGAUGAGAUUCCGCCGCAGACACGGCGCGAGAUUGCACGCCUGGCGCAAUGUAUUCGCGUCCUGGUCCAAGGUGGAGUACGUGUGGAUGAGGAAACCGUCAUGAGAGCAUACGAUGCCAGUCUACAGGUUGAUCUUGAAAUCGGGGACGAUGAGGAUGAGGACGAGCGGGGGAGAGAGGGAAGGGAGUACCUCGAGGGCGACAAAGCUUCGGGGAUCCUAGCGUUGGUGGUGGAACAACAAUGA